UAGCCAACUCUUCCUCGCUCUUGGGCCUGCUUAUAGUUAGUCAUAGCUAUGGCGCCGGCUGAAAAAAAUGUAGAGUGGCAAACGCAAAAGAUAAUUGAAUGCCUGUUUGACGACGAGGACAGUGUGAAGUCCCGUGUGUUAGAUUGUCAUUUGGAGACUGACAGUCCAGGAGAUGAAAACGAUUUUGACCCGGUUAUAAUCGCUGAUAAACUGAGAGCUGUCGCCGAUGCCCUGAAUGAGGACCCCAAUUUUAAAAAAGCAUUAGAUGAGCUGAAGAAAACCGCAGCGACAGAGGCUACAGAGGCUGCAUUUGAACGUGGCGUGGAGCUCCUGUGUAAGAGUCAUGUCGCUCAGAACGCUGACAUUGCUCCAGAGAUGCAGCUGAUCCAGGCCUCAGCAGCUAUUGGACUUUAUCUGAAAAAAUCAUACCCAGAGAUGAAAGAGACUGUCAAGACAGCCAUGGCUUCAUUCCUCAAGAAUCGGGUGGGCAAAUGGCUCACUGAGAAAGGUGGAUGGGGCAAAGUUGCACCUGUUUGAGACUAAAUCCAGCCAAACCAACCUCAUAGAGCUCUACAAUCAAACUGGGUAUUAAUUUCUUAAAUGUCUGUUCAGGGAUUUGCUAUUACACAGGCAGACAUGUUAUCACACACUAAGCCUGUUUAUUAUAUGAGAAGAGAGGGGGGGGAAAAAACAGAACACUUUCUUAUUCAAGUUCCUGUUUGGCUGAGCCCAUGUAGUGAUUCUUGGCUUUAUAUAUGGUGAUAAAAUAAUUGUAUUACUUGAAAUGCUCUCCCUGAAUGGGUUAAUAAAUAAGGGGCAAAUAAUAUAAAAAUAUGAUACUAGUGGAUCUUCACUACAUCAUGAUCUUAAGGGAGAUUCUUUUGAGUAAUCAGUGGGGUAGCCUCUAAUCAUGUCUAUUUAUUGUCUAAGUGCUGUCUUUUGGGAGGCUCUAGCAUCUCUCAGUAAGGUGAAAAUGAUUAGAUUAAUUAGCAUUAUUUAAUAAGUUUAGGUGUCUUUUGAAUUCUUAAUGGGGAAAACCCUUCCUAAAAAAGGGAUUUGUCCCUUUUGCAAAACCCAGCAUGUUAAGAUUUCAUACUCAUUACAUUUUGCUAUUUUUGAUCGAGCUCUAAAUUCAGGUGUUUGAAAACAGUUUAGUAAAAUGCAGGUAGUCUAACAUAUCUUGAGCCAUCAGAUGAUGAAGAACCUGCUGUCAGGUUGUUUUGUUUAUGUCUGCAUUUUAUUUAAUAUUUUUCACGAUGACACAUUUGCACUGGGAAAAACUGAACAACUUCAAACGUAGGUACACACACGUUGCCAUUAGGGAUGUGCCAAUUUUAUUAAAAUAUUAAUUUGUAUGUCAGCUGGUAAAACAUGUUUUAUUUUCUUAUUUGUUUCUUCUAAAUGACUCUUAAGUCUUCAGCGAUUAACAAAUUUAUGAGACCACCACCCAUGGUAAGGUUUAUACCACAGCUGCCCUAAAAUAACAGUAGUGGUAUUUAGUUAAAUUUAAUGGUUAAUCCAACAUUAUGGACAAGGGUUUUAAUUGAAAUUAUAUUUCUAAUGCUAAAGUGUAAUUCAUGUUAUCCAUGAAUUUUCAAAUUUGCUGUUUUACAAAAAAUCUGAAACAAUAGUAAA